CCCCGCUCCCCAUGGCGUCCCGUGGCCGCUCUCGGGGCCGUGGGGCGCUGACGUUCAGCACGGAGGCUGUGGGCAUCGGGAAGGGCGACGCGCUGCCGCCCCCCACCCUGCAGCCCUCGCCGUUGUUCCCGGCCGUGGAUUGCCGCGCCGUGCCGCUGCCGGGGGGCGAGGAGCUGGAAUACAUGCUGGCCCUGAAGCAGGAGCUGCGCGGGGCCAUGAAGGGGCUCCCCUACUUCGUCCGACCCGGCGCCCCACACCGAGACAUCGAGCGCUACUCAGAUAAAUACCAGCUGUGCAGCCCCAUCGAUGGGGCCAUCGAGUGGAACCCAGGUGUGGGGCUGGGGGUGGUUAUGGGGUGCCCCAUAGAUGGGGCCAUGGAGUGGGACCCAGGUGUGGGGCUGGGGGCUGCUGUGGGGCAGGGAAUGUUGUGGGGCUGGGGG